GGUCAAAUGAUGGCGUGUCUGCUUGAUUAGCGAUCAAGCACGGCCACGCAGAUGUCAUGUCUCGUUUCCCCGCCUUCCUCAUUGCGACCUUUCUAUUGCUCGAGUGCGUCCUGUGCUCUCCGCGCCCUUUAGUAGUAUGGCAUGGGCUAGGAGACUCCGCCCAGUCCGCCGGGAUGCUGCAGUUCACCGAGGAAGUCAAGGCCGUGCACCCCGGCAUCUUUGUACACAACGUGUUCAUCAGUGAGAACGACGACGAGGAUAAGCGCGCUGGUUUUUACGGAAACGUUAACGAGCAAAUCGAAUUAGUCUCGGACCAACUGGCCGCCAUUCCUGAACUGAAGGGCGGAUUUGACGCCAUCGGCUUCUCUCAAGGGGGACAAUUCCUACGCGCAUACAUCGAACGUUACAACCAACCCCCGGUGAACAACCUAAUCACGUUCGGCUCGCAGCACAUGGGCGUCUCCGACAUCGCGGCGUGUUCACCUCGCGACUUCCUGUGCCAGAUUGCCAGGCGGGCCGUGAAAGGCGCUGUCUAUGGGACAUGGGCUCAGAAUAAUCUUGUUCAGGCCCAAUACUUCCGCGACCCAGCGAGUCUCGAAGAGUAUCUCGCCGCGAAUCAUUUCCUUCCUGACAUCAAUAACGAACUGGUCGAGACGCGUAAUGAAACCUAUGCCCGCAACUUCGCCUCGCUCAACAAACUCGUGCUCGUCAAGUUCUCCGAAGAGAAAACCGUCGUCCCGCCAGAAAGUGCCUGGUUUGGUUCGCAGGACGAGACGUCAUUGUACGAUAACCAGCGCGUUCUGCGCCAGGGACUGUCCAUGCGUGAGCAGCCUCUGUAUCUGGAAGACUGGAUCGGUUUGAGGAAGCUGGACGAACGCGGAGAUGUGGUUUUCGAGGUCUGCGAAGGUGCCCACAUGCAAAUCUCUGACUGCUGGAAAGGCCUGGUGCAGGGAUACAUCGGCUGAGUAGUGAUCACUCUCCACACUGCCAUGAGCCUGAAAUUGGAUUAGGAUGGAGGAUGUUUCCGUCGCUGAUUGCCGUAUUCAAUCACCGCAAUCAUCUCGCCGGUUGUUCGUCAGUCAA